AUGGCAUAUCGUCCUUCUUAUACCAUGGGUGCAAUUUGCGCGGUUGGAGGAGUUGUAGGUUAUGUUACAAAACGUUCAGUGCCAUCAUUAAUAGCAGGCUUGGGAAUUGGCGCUUUAUAUGUACUCGGGGGUAUGAUUCCUCGCACUAUAAAACGUGGUACACCUAUUCCUUUGUCAUUAAGUAUUUUAUCUGUUGGAAUGGGAACUUAUUACACGAAAAAGAUAUAUGAUCAACGAUUUAAUGAUUAA